AUGGCAUCUUUUGCACUUAUCAUUCAUACGCUAAUCAAGGAGACUACAGGAGACUUCAACGCCAUAACAAGUAACGCUGAGGGCACGAGCUCCAGUAAUGUGGGGAUGGUUAGAAAUGGUGACUUCACUCACUGGAUUUUUGACGAAGCCUUAGUAGAUCUUGGAUAUUCCGGUCAGAAUUUUACUUGGAAGCGGGGAAGGGAAGAGGGAACCUUUAGGGGUGCUCGACUCGACCGCGCUUUGUGCUCUAUGGAAUGGAUAGAUCGGAAUAGGAAUACCACCGUUACUCAUCUCACGGCAGUAGAGUCUGACCAUUGUCCGAUUUUGAUUGAUAUCGACCUAAAAACAAAAACAGGUGGAGAUGUUUUUAUGUUCCAAGGGGCUUGGACUACACAUCCGCUUUUUCUAGACUAUGUCAACAAGCAUUGGAAUGCGGAGGAAACCGUGUGGAGCAAUAAAAAUAGCAUGGCCAUCAAACUUAAGGAAUGGAAUCAGAAUGUAUUUGGAAACAUCCAUCAUAGGAAAAACAAGCUCUUGCGGCGUCUUGAUGGGCAAGCUAGAGAAGAGUGGAUUGCUUCGGGAGACCGUAACACCAAGUUCUACCAUGCAGCCACAAAGAUCAAGAAGGCAAGCACAAGGAGGCAUACCCUUACUGACGCUAAUGGUAACCCUCUGACCGAUGAGGUUCUCAUCGAAAAUGUAAUUCAGGAUUAUUUUACCAAAAUUUUCACAAGAGAGGAUGAAGUUGAUUUAUCUUGUACUCCACAUGGUUGUUUCCCGGUCCUGAGGGAGGAGGUUUGGACUUGUUUUAAUGCUGCGGUCUCACUAGAGGAAACCAGAGUGGCGCUUUUUGACAUGAGUCCUUUGAAAGCACCUGGGCCUGAUGGUUUUCACGCCAAGUUCUAUCAGAAGGCUUGGCAAGUUGUUGGAGGAUCGGUUUUCAAGCAAGUAGAGCAGUUCAUGAUGUCCGGAAAUAUUGAAGAAGGCAUUAACGAUACUUUUAUUGCCCUCAUUCCGAAGACUAAUUCCCCCACCAGUGCCAGUCAGUAUAGACCGAUCAGUCUAUGCAACGUCAUCUACAAAAUCAUUACAAAAGUUAUGACCAACCGUAUUAAGCCCAUCCUGAGAAGGUUAAUUGGACAUGAGCAAAGCAGCUUUGUGCCGGGCAGGCAAAUAACGGAUAAUAUCUUGAUUUAUCAAGAAGCUGUCCACUCAAUGCUAAAUAGACAAGGAAAGAAGGGACUUAUGAUCCUGAAAAUCGAUCUCGAGAAGGCCUAUGAUAGGCUUAAUUGGGAUUUUAUUAGAGACACCCUUUCGGACGUUGGCAUGAGCACGGAAUGGAUUAGAAACAUAAUGGCCUGUGUUGAAUCCCCUCGUUUGAAAGUUUUAUGGAACGGUAAACAGUUGGAUCAAAUCAUACCAACUCGGGGCAUUCGCCAGGGUGAUGCUAUUUCUCCCUAUUUGUUCGUUAUGUGCAUGGAGAAGCUUAGCCAUAUCAUCAAAGAUGAGGCCAAUCGGGGGAACUGGAAAGGAGUACGUUUAUCCAGGUAUGGCCCUCUUCUCACCCACUUAUUUUUUGCUGACGACCUUGUUUUGUUUGCUGAGGCCCCGCAGGAACAGAUUCAUGUCAUUUCCUAUUGCUUGGAUAGAUUCAGUCAGGCCUCGGGUCAAAAAGUAAGCCUAUCUAAGUCCCAAAUUUUUUUCUCAAACAAUGUGGAUAGAGAAGAAGGGCAGAGAAUUGUAUCGAUAGCAGGAAUCCCGGAGACUAAGGACCUUGGCAGGUAUUUAGGAGUGCCUACUCUCCAUGGUCGACUCACUAACAACCUGUUAGCCCCCAUGCUUGAAAAGAUCGAUGAACGUUUAAACGGGUGGAAAACUAAUUUUUUAUCUCUGGCCGGGAGACAAAUUCUUGCGCAAUCAGUUUUGCAAGCGAUUCCGUACUAUAAUAUGCAAACUAUCUAUAUGCCUGCUAGGAUUUGGGAGGAGAUAGAUAAGCGCAUUCGGAGAUUUCUCUGGGGAGGUACCCCUGAGGCUCGUAAGUGCCAUCUAGUUUGUUGGGCAGAUGUUAUUAAAGCUAAGAAUGAGGGAGGACUGGGUCUCAGGUCUGCCAAGGAAAUGAACAUUGCUUUCAUGGCAAAACUCGGCUGGCAAAUUGCAACGAAUAGCGACAGCUUGUGGGUUCAGGUUUUGAAAGAGAAGUAUGCGCAUGGUAAAAUGGGGUUUGAAGCAAUCAGUCCUAAGCGAGCAUGUUCGAAUGCUUGGAGAGGCAUUCUUGCAGCACUUCCAGUUUUGCGACAGGGUUCCAGAUUUCAGGUUAAUAAUGGAAGAACUACCAAGUUUUGGACAGAUUCGUGGGUACACGAUAAGCCGCUUGCUGAAGUCAUUCAAAGCCAUACUACUAUUGUGGAUGGAGAGCACCGAGUCAUUGACUACUGGAGUGAUGAGCGAGGCUGGGAAUGGGAUGCUAUGCCGCCUCUCCCGGAGAGCACCAAACAACGAAUGCAGCUUAUCACUGUCAAUGACAAUAAUGGCGAGGAUGAGAGCUUCUGGACGGGAGAACCAACUGGUAAGAUCUCUGUUAGUUCUGUUUAUUCAUUACUUCAUGGCUACUCGAUUAAUAUGCAGGGAAGGGUGUGGAGCACUCUAUGGAAGAUGAAGGUCCCAAAUAAGAUGAAGACGUUCCUUUGGACUGCACUACAUGACCGGGUAAUGGGUAAUGCUGAGAGGAAAAGGCGCAGACUCACCAAUGAUGAUAGCUGCGGCAUUUGCAUCGGCGAAAUGGAGUCGGCUGACCACAUCUUGAGAAACUGUAAGAACGCGAAUGACAUAUGGGUGGCCUUCGUCCCGCGACGCGAACGAACACGUUGGCGCCAAAUGAGUUUCAAGGACUGGAUUGGGGCUAAUAUCACUGGUAAUGGCAUUGGCUAUGGGGAUCAAGAAUGGCCUCGCCUCUUCAUGGUCAUUAUCUGGUGGCUGUGGCGAUGGCGCUGCGAUCGAGUUUUCACUGGACGGGAAGUGAUGUCACACUACAAAGUUGCUUGGAUUAAGGAAACCGUGGAGGAGAUUGCUCGUGCGUUUGAUCGCUCAAGCCUGGCGAGAGGAGUCAGAAUUCUCCAACUGCGGUGGGGCGCGUCACAAGAUCAUCGUUUCACUCUGAACGUCGACGGGAGCGUUAAAACUGGGUCCAACAAGGCUGGCGUGGGAGGCGUCAUCCGGAAUAAAAUGGGCGUAUGGGUUGAAGGUUUAGCUGGUGCUACCGAUUACGCUGAAGCAUCCAUUGUUGAGGCAAGAGCGAUUCUUGAGUGUUUGAGGUGGGCAUGGCAGAGAGGAAUCCGAGACAUUGAGGUUCAGUCUGAUGCAAAGAACGUCAUCCUUUGGAUACGCAAGAAUUCUGCGAUUCGUGGACCUUUGGGGCAUAUCAUCAGUGAAGUCCGGGGUUGGCUUAACCGGGAUUGGACAGUUGCUCUUAGAGUGAUCUAUAGAGAGCAGAAUAGAGUGGCCGAUCGUUUGGCGUCACUCGGUGCUUGUCAACUAGGAGGCCGGAGAUUUCUCGAGGUGUGCCCCAUCUUUGGGGAGGAGGCAUAUCUUGACGACUUGGUGCAUGUCACCUGGGCGAGAAGAGUGGUGGAGCAUACUUCCUGUUAG